AUGUUUCCCUAUUCGCCUAUUUCUUCAGGUGUGGCCGUGGAGAAGGAGCGUGACGUCCGCAGGCGUCUCGUAAGCUUCUACGAGAAACACAAUCCUCGGCAGCUGGGUCAUAUCGAUACCAUAUUGUUCGCGUACAAGGAUCAUUGGGAUGACCUGUUCGCCGCGCUGGCGGUGAAGUACGAGGGUACGGGGACUCAACCGGCCGUAUUGUCCGCCUUCCAGUUCACCACCAACGACGGCUCAUACUGGGACACCUGCUACCGCGAGACGAGUGACUCUAAUCGUUUGGUUUCAUCCUUCACACUUCUCGACCCCGUGGAGGUUGUGCAAGGGCGGCGACGGCGACGCGACGGGUGCAGAGAAAAUGACCCACAGUGCAACUCAACAGCUGCACGCUGUAGAGGAGGAAACAACGGAAUUGCUCCGCUCGCUUUGCCAAGGCGUUCACGCACUAUUGACGAGGAGGAACGAGACACCCGAAGACUAAAACUUCAGCAGUUAGUCAUGCACUUUGCACCAAAUAGAGUGCUCGACAUGGAAGAGAUAAUGGCUCAAUACCGUGAGGCCUAUAAGGCUAAGGUGCGUCGCCGUGACCGAAGUGACAAUUCCGUUACUGAGGCCGAGUGGCAAGAUGUGAUGAUAUGUGAUUUUUUGCAUGAGUUUGAUAAGAGUAAAAAUGGCACCACUGACUCUGGUGCCAUGGUACGCCCCGACAGUGAGGAACAUGCGCCGAAGACGUACUUUCCUUUUUCCGGAGGUGAUGCGAUAGGGGUGGCAGAGUCUCCGUUUGAUCGACAACAAAUGCAGACCAUAAAUGCUGUUGUGUCAGAAACGCCAUUGGGGAUGAAGAUGAUGAUGCCUUCGCCACUUCAACCUCGAAAAAGUGCCCUAUAUGAUGAUGACAGCGGGAUACAUUCUCAUUUGAAGCCGCUAAUGGACGACGAGUGGUGUGCACCACUCGGGGACGAGUCCAUUUGUGAGGCUGCAGAAAGGCCCUGGACACCCGUAUCAAAUAUGACCACUGAUGCCCAUGAUGGUGGUGAUGCUCCGGAGCCCCAACCGUUGUCGCGGACACCCGGAGGUGUGGACAGUGCCCCAGAAGAAAGGACGGAUGCCACUUCAAAGCCAUUUGUCGUUCUCCGCCGUCAGGCUUUUUCGAAACCAUUCUUCGUUCCAUUUUUGCAGACGCACGGGGAACAGCGGGCGGAGAGGUUCCUGGCACAUUUGUCAGUAAAACGUGCGAUGGAUUGUCCGUACUUCCACUAUCGUUUGUUUCUCUUGUUGUGCAGCGCGUUGAGGCGUGUGGAGGGCGGCGGCAUCAUGGGAUCCACUGGUGUUGACGUGUUGGCCAGGAGGGAGUCGACGAUACCGUAUUGGGAGCCGUCUCUGCGGUGCUGCGUUCUCUGGAGGACCGCAUCGCCGCGAACGGGACAAGCAUCAUUUCUGAUGGACGAAGAUGUCGCUGACGCAUUGCCGCGCGACCUGGUGGAGAAACUUCAUGUCACGUGGACGAUCUGCCGAGCAUGCGGCCUUGAGUCCCUGUGGUGUAACGAAGUGACGCUUGCAGAUGUGGUGGCGCUUCGCAUGCGGUACUUUGCGCGUCGCCAAGACGUGGUUAAGAGAAUCUUGCUUCGUCCAUUUACUGCUGUGUUUAACUUCGCUGUGCGCGUGGACGACGACUCUGACUGGGGCGGUCGCCAGUGCCGCAGAGACGAUGACUUUGAGUUUUUGUGUUUUAUCGGGACUGUAGCUGAGCUUAACCAGACAUUUUACGAUUAUAAUGAAGAGCGUUGGAUUGAAUUUAUUCAACUUUGGUAUAGUGAACACAAUCUGCAUUUGGAGAUGGCUGCGCUUGAAGUAGAGUUGUCCAGUCAAACCGAGUUGAGUGAUGUAGUUGGUCCUCAUUUCGAAGAGGUGCGGGUGCAGAAUGCGGAGCAAAAAGAAGGUUGUUCGAAAACAGGUGUUGUAUCAACCAAAAAGCGUCUGCCCCUGGGGGCGGAUGCGUUGCUAACGUGUACCGCGAUGCUCUGUGUGCACAUGGACCAGCCCUUUUCCGGCGUCACAUAUCUGGACGUUGCCGCGACUCACUACUGCCUCUGCGUCGCCGCCAUUUCGGCAAAAGAGGACUGUGAGCGGCGCGGCGUCAUAGAGGCAUGGCGUAAGGUACAUAUCGAGCUGCAGUACCUUGCUGGACAAAGUUCUAUGCAGGUUUCCCUGCAAGAUCGAGAGAGCUGUCAGCGUGAGGCAUUGGAGAUGCAGGAGUCCUCCAUGUGGAUGAAACUCAUUCAAUCUUUCGUUCCAGUAGAAACGGUGAAGGGUGGUGGAUUCUGUAAGCCAGUUGGAUCUCCAUCCUCGCUCCUGCUUUAUCUCGGCAACCAUCCUGAGCCACUCGUUUUUCUCAAUAGCCAAGGUGAACGGAGGUCCGUGGUGAAUGCCUCGAAACCGCUGCUUGUCCCACACUGGCGUCGCGGAGUUGCCCAGCGACGCCUGGCGGCUUUCUUUGAGCGUGAGGCUGAACGCCAACGUCACCUCAAAGAGCGUCUGCAGGUUGAGCAGAUUGCGAGCAUGCUCCGGGUGGGAAAACUUUCGCUCUGA